UGAUGGUAUUUGAUUUUCGGAAUUAUUUUUUGGCGCUACAGAAUUCCCGCUAAGAAAAAUGUAAACUCCAUGUUCAGAAUCGUGAAAACAAGGCUAACUUUUUCAGAAUCGAGAAAACAAAAACGCCAAGUCGUUUAACACAGCAAUUUCAGAUGCAAUCAAAGAUCAACACAUUUUUCAAAUCUCCCUCCGACCCCCCUCCUCCUCCCGCUGCCACCACCGACGACGGCGACGAUGAUUUGGCCAACUGGAAAUGGGAGAACAAUCAACACACUAUCAUCAACACUUACACCCGAACUCGUCGAAACCCUAAUCCAAUUCCUUCACCUCCUCCAACUGUAAUCCAAAAACCGGUAGUAGUCAAGAACAAGAAGAGAAGCUACGCUCAGUUCCAUUUGGAAUUAGGUCAAUCCGAUUUCCUGUUACGCGCGUGUUCCACUUGUGGUAUUGAGUUCACUCCCGGAGACGUCGAAGACGAGAAAUUACACGCUCAAUUUCACAAACGCUAUACGCAAGGAAUCCAAUUUAGAGGUUGGAAUAAUGAAAGGGUUGUUUCUUCUGAUAAAAGUGGUCGAGUUAUUAUGGUGUUGGAGAACGAUCCGUCUUCUCACAGGAACAAGGUUCAAGAAGUUGUGAAGAUGAUGGAAAUUGAGAUGGGAAGUGGAUGGAUAGCGAAUCAACACUGUAAGGUUUAUUUGUUCAUUUCUCUCCAGAAGGUUGUUGGGUGCGUGAUUGCAGAACCAAUCAAAGAAGCAUUUCCUGUUUUGUCUUGCUCAGAUGACGGACAAUCAGCUAGCGCAAAGAAAAGGGAGAAGAAGCUGUCUCCAACCACUCUCCAGUUUGGGAAUAUCGUUUUUCAAAGGGAAGUUGGAAAAAGAGCUGCGAAAGUGAAUGUGAGUGAUUCUAUGGAUGGUAGGGCGAUUGUAUGUGCAAGCAAACCUGUUGCUGCUGUUUGUGGCAUUAGAGCCAUUUGGGUCACUCCCUCCAACAGAAGAAAACACAUUGCUAGCCAAUUGCUGAAUGCCGUGAGGAAAAGUUUCUGCACAGAUGAGCUUGAACGUCCUCAGCUAGCAUUUUCUCUACCAACCUCGGUUGGGAAGGCAUUAGCCUGUAGUUACUCUGGCACUGGAUCAUUCUUGGUGUAUAAAGCAGUUUAAACAGUGAGUAAACAGAUGUUGAAAUCAAAUGAAGAAGUAUAGAUGACAUGUUCUUCACUUUCUGUCGGUAAAUGUUUAGGCAAAACCUUAUUGCCAGUGGUGUAAUGAAUGUUGAGUAAGAGAUUUCAUAUGCACUUAAAAAUGUAUUUAUGUUUGUAUCUUCAGUUAUAUAUGACAUUAACCAUUAAUGGUUGUUGUAAUGAGCCACCAUCAAUGAGAAUGUUUGUUAGUAUUUGAUUAUUCCCCUGUAGUAUGUCAUGCUGAGUUCUGUUUCAACAUUCAUUUGUCAAAUUAUUUAGAUAUU